AUGUUUUUUGCAAAGUUUGUAAGAGAGAGCUUCUUUGGUAGAUCCAUCUACCAUCUCUCAGGCAGAAAAGUGUUUAACUACCCAGAAGAACAACCAGACUAUGUGAUUCCAGCCAAGUACUUGGGCAAGGGCGAAGCAAGCAUUGAAUCUUUCGAACGUGAAACUCCUAAUGAUAGCGAGGUGCCUUCUGACUCUUCUUCUCAGUCCACAAAGUCUGACAUUAUACUAGUCGACUGGGAGGGCGAAGAUGAUCCAGAGAACCCAUACAAUUGGCCCCUUAAGUAUAAGCUUAUUUUUAUUGCCCAGAUUAUGGCGCUUACUGCAUUCGUUUACAUGGCUUCGGCUAUUUACACUCCUGGCAUUGAGGAGAUCAUGAGAGACAUGGAGGUGGGCCAGGUGGUGGCAACGCUUCCCUUGACACUUUUCGUGUUUGGCUAUGGUAUUGGCCCCAUGGUGUUUUCUCCCCUUUCGGAGAAUGCCAUGUUUGGAAGAACUUCUAUUUACAUUCUCACGUUGUUUGUGUUCUUCAUUCUUCAGAUCCCAACUGCCCUCGUUGACAAUAUUGCUGGCUUGUGUGUCUUGCGUUUCAUUGCAGGUUUCUUUGCCAGUCCGUGCUUGGCUACCGGUGGUGCUUCUGUUGGUGAUGUUAUCACCAUGCCAUUCAUCCCAGUGGGUAUUUCCUUCUGGUCUAUUGCUGCCGUUUGUGCUCCAUCUGCUGGUCCAUUGUUCGGUGCCAUUUUGAGCGUCAAGGCUGACUACCACUGGACUUUCUGGUUUGUCUGUAUCACUUCUGGUGUUUCUUUCGUUGUUCUUGGCUGGUUGCUUCCAGAAUCCUACUCCAAGACCAUUUUGUACAGAAAGGCAGAAAGACUUAGAGCUCUUACCGGAGACGACAGAAUCAUGAGUGAGGGUCACAUUGAGAACUCUAAGCUCGACACUCACGAAAUGCUUAUUGAGACGCUUUGGCGUCCUUUCGAAGUCAUCAUCUUCGAGCCAGUCGUUUUGCUUAUCAACGUCUACAUUGGUUUGGUUUACUCUGUCAUGUACUUGUGGUUCGAGGCCUUCCCUAUCGUUUUCGUUGAAGUCAAGGGCUUCACUCUUAUUGAGAUGGGUGUGGCAUACAUGUGUAUCUUGGUUGGUAUUUUGAUUGCCGCAGCUCUCUACAUUCCUGCCAUUUACCGUCUGUUCACCAAGAAGAUGCUUGCCAAUGAGGAAGUCGCUCCGGAAGUGUUCAUUCCAAUCGCUAUUGUGGGCAGUGUACUUAUGCCAAUUGGUAUCUUUAUCUUUGGCUGGACUGCCGCUGAAGACAUCCAUUGGAUUGGUCCUCUUAUCGGCGCCGCUGUCUUCGCUGCUGGAGCUUUCCUUUGCUUCCAAACCUUAUUUAACUACCUCAGUAUGUCCUUCUGGAGAUACUUAGCCUCUGUCUUUGCAGGUAACGACUUGUUCAGAAGUAUGAUGGCAGGUGCUUUCCCAUUGUUUGGCAGACCAUUAUUCCUCAACUUGAAGACUAACAGGUUUGCUGUUGGCUGGGGUUCCUCAGUGUUGGGUUUCAUUUGUGUGGGCAUGAUUGCCAUUCCUGUCUUGUUCUACCUCAACGGCCCUAAGUUGAGAGCUAGAUCCAAGUACGCAGGCGCUUAA